AUGUCUUCAUAUGCGAUGAGAGGACCUUUCUGCCCUGUUGGUUUUGAUGACAAGAUCACUGUUUCCCAAUUUAUGACAAAGUACAAUCCAGACCUUUGUCCGGCCGAUAAAGUGGUCCACAUCGACACAAUAGCAAACAAGAGCCUCACAUAUGGAGGCCUUCGAGAGCAAGCCGCCAAAUGCGCUUGGGGGUUGAAACAUCGACUGGGUUUAAAGGAGGGAGAUAGGCUGAUGGUUCUUGUCCCUAAUUCGACAGACUUCAUAAUUCUGGCUCAUGCUACAUUGUGGUUGGGAGCAGUAUUUUCACCCCUCAAUCCCGCAUCAGUAGCCAAGGAUAUUGCUCACGCUGUCUCCUUGGUCAAGCCGAGUCAUCUUGCGAUACAUCCAAGCAAGCUAGCAGCGGUAAGCUCUGCACUUCAGCAGCUGGCUUUGGAUGGAUCGCAGAGACCCACCGUCUUCACCCUCAUCGAGAGAUAUGAAAACUUGAAACUGUUUCCGGACGACAUCACCGGGACCCUGGAACAUGAAACUUUCCCUGCUUACGAUCUGCAAGGCAAAUCCGCAAAAGAUGUGACCGCUUUCAUCGUAUUUUCUUCCGGUACGACAGGCAAAAUCAAAGGUGUUCAGCUGUCCCAUUACAACAUUGUCUCCAACAUGUUGCAAUCUCGGAUAGCGGUCCCGGGGUUAGUCGUAUCUUCUUCCAGAGAAUGCUUCUUCCCUCCCUACUGUCACGUCUAUGGGCUAUCAGUGGUUGUUCUUAUGGGGAUGUGGGUGGGCUCGUUCACAUGUGGCAUCCCAGCAUUCGAAUUUGAGCUCUUUUGUCGCAAGAUGUCUGAGUAUAAAGCCAACUGGGCUCACAUUGUACCACCGAUUGCUGUACAACUUGCGGACGCCGCCGCGGUCGCCAAAUACGAUCUAUCAUCACUAAAAACGAUCUUGAUCUCCGCAGCACCUACGAAGAGAGCGUUGCAGGUCAGGCUGAAAGCAAGAUUCGGAGCCGAUUCUAGAAUCAUUCAAGGCAAGUGUUAUGGUAUGAGUGAAUGUGCACCCACGGUGUUGCUACAGACCACAUUGGACGACGAGAACAACAUUGGCACUGUGGGAAAACCUGUUUCUGGAACUGAAGUUCGUCUUGUAGAUCCAGUCUCUCUCAAAGACGUUGCACCAGGCGAGGAGGGUGAACUCUGGGUCAAAGGCCCACAGACUAUGAUGGGCUAUUAUAACAACGAACCAGCAACUCGCGAAACCUACGUUGGUGAAUGGCUGCGGACUGGUGAUGUUAUGCGGGUUGACGGGAACGGCAAUUUCUGGGUUACUGACCGCCUGAAAGAGCUGAUCAAAUACAAAGGCUUCCAAGUCCCACCAUCCGAGCUGGAGGAUCUUCUCCUGCAACAUCCAUCCGUGGCAGACGCAGCGGUGACAUCGAUAUAUUCAGAUGAACAAGCUACCGAACUCCCCAUUGCAUAUAUCACCCUGUCAGCCAAGCACGCUUCGUCCAAGCAAGCCCAGAAACAAAAGGCCCUGGACGAAAUCCGCGCGUGGACCGAUAACCAGGUGGCCGGGUACAAGAAGCUGCGAGGCGGUGUGUGGGAGCUCCAGAACCUGCCCAAGACGCCAAGUGGCAAGAUCCUCCGCAAGGACCUCCCGUGCCGGAGACAAGAGGAAAAGCCGGCGAAGUUGUGA